AUGUUAGUAAUUGAAAUACCCCAGCUAACACAACAAGAAAAGUUCACUUUUGAAGUGUACGUACAGUUCGUCGUUUGUGUAUGUUUGACACAUUCGAAAGCGUUGUUAGCCAGAUUCUACCGAUACCAAGACAUAUUAUUUCUUGUUGAUCUUAUUCUAAUUAUUCUCCUGUAUAUUUUAACCUUAGUUGUUUACUAUUUAAAGAUCUUUAUUGUUAAUGUUAAUGUCAUUCAGGGUUGGUCUAGUAUUCUGUCUAUCUUCCUUAAUUACAAUAAUGUCUGCUUUUUUCAAUUAUAUAAACUAUUUCAGUGCAUCAUAUUUUGA